AUGGCGCAAGGCCUUUCAGCAGAAUGUUUACAGCAAAUUAUUUCAUAUAACGAAGACGAUAACAAAACGUUGCAUUCAUGUUUGCUGGUGAAUCGCUUUUGGUGUCAUAAUACGAUCAGCAUUUUAUGGGGUCGUCCCUGGCGUUAUUCGAUUACACAAACCUCAGCGACAAAUUUGAUUCAAACCUAUGUUGCUUGCUUACCAGAAGAAUCAAAGAAAGUCUUGUAUAAUAAUGGUAUUAGAUACCAUCUUACAUCAAUUUCACCUAUUUUUGAUUAUGCUUCUUUCUUACGUGCUCUCGAUUAUGAUUGCAUGUUUUGGUCGAUUUCACAGUGGUUAAUAUCUUGUUGGCUAUAUCGUGUCUUAAAUUAUGAGGAAGAAAUCAAACCGGAUAGCGAACACCAAGAGGAUCGUGUCGAAGAUUGUGUCGGUGAAGAGAAUGAAAGAAAAACUAUUCUUGUAGCAAGAGAAUUAUGUAAUCUCUUUAAGAAUCGGUGUAGGAUUUUUCAUGAUCUGUUUUUACAUAGUAGAGCCAUUCAAAGUGAUUUUCCUUUUUUGCCUUCCACUUCAGAUAGUUCGAAUUACUUAGCAAAUCUACGGGAGCUUAUUUGUUUAGGUGACAACAAAUCCGAACUUUUACUUGCUAUAUCAAAGGUCUGCUCGGAAUUACGUAGGAUUUUCGUGGGGUUUCCCUUAACAAUACAGUGGAAAACUCAUUAUGAUUCUGACGCAAUGAGUUACGCUACUCUUAUCGAAAGUCAAACACGCUUAGAAAGUAUUUGUUUAUAUGGAUACAAACGUUUAGUGGCAUUCUUAGUGGAUUCUCUUAUUUCUCAAUCGAAGACUUUACAAACUCUAGAAUUAAUGUAUACGGACUUUAGAGAAGAACAAGAUUGUUGUAGUAUAAUGUUGUUACCCGCUUGCAAAAAUUUAAAAUCACUGAAAAUUCAUAAUUGUUUCAUUCCUCCCGAUGAUCGAAUAAUGCCAUUAACUUCUUUUCUACAAUUGGAAGAGUUUGACUUUUGCAACGAAUGGAAUCCUCUUUAUCCACUUCCGCAACAUGAGUUUUGGGAAGAGAUAUUUUAUAAUACAAAGAGUAGUUUAAAGAAGAUAUCCUUAUGGUGGAUUCGAGCGGAUCCAAAAGAUGGUUCGCAAAUAAUUGAAUCGAUUGCUAAGCAAUGUUCAAAUAUUUCAUUUCUUCAUUUACCAGUCCUGUGGAUAAAUGAAAUUUUGCUUCUUUUUAGUCAUUGUAAACAGCUUAAAGAAUUUUCAUUUAGUGGUGAUGAUUUUGAUGCAAAUGAAUCUUUAACACAAUUAGGGAUUCUUGUUCCAGCUGCAUUGCAUUCUUUAACAAUUAGGGAUGGACAUAUCGGAGGUUGGACUUUUACUGAGAGAUCAUUAGAACAUUUUCUUUCGGUUUGUCGCGCUAGUUUAAAAAAGGUGGAUUUAACUCGUUGUUCUUGUAUGACUGAUAGACAUUUUGAUGUCAUAAGCCGUAGAAGGAUUGCUAAAUGUUAA